UCACUCAGAGUGCACUAUCGGGCAUAGUUACCGAGAUUUAUCGGUGCCGUGCACGGAGGCCAAACCGACGAUUAGAAAGGGGAGUUAACAGCACACUAGUCACUAGACAUGGCUGCCGCUGGGAACAAAGGAAUGUUGCUGUACAAAAUUUACAGGGCGCUGAGCUACGGUCUAACACCGCUAUUUCACCUUCACCUAAGGUGGCGCCGUCGCCAAGGACUCGAGCAUCCGACUCGAUGGCCUGAGAGACUGGGCUGUCCCUCCCUCCCUCGCCCCUCUGGUCCUCUCCUUUGGUUUCACGCUGUCUCCUUAGGUGAAGGAAUAGCGGCUAUACCUGUCAUUAAACGGUGCAUUCAGUGCCGGCCUGAUUUAAGCAUCUUGAUGACAACUACGACCUUGUCUGCAUUUGAAGUUAUAAAGAAUCAGCUUCCAAGUGGUGUCUUAUAUCAGUUUUCCCCACUCGAUACCCCUGCUGCUAUGGAGGCUUUCCUUGGCUACUGGAAGCCAAAUGCUAUAAUGAUAAUGGAGAGUGAACUAUGGCCAAAUCUUAUCAUGAGUUCAUCAAGAAAGGGUAUUUCACUAGCUCUGUUAAAUGCUCGAGUAUCUACGAAAUCCUUUAGAUUAUGGUCACAACCAUUGCUUCUUCCACUGAUCUCACUUAUGCUUUCUAAAUUUUCCUUGAUCAUCCCACUGAGUACCAUGCAGGCAAUUUGCUUCCAGGUUCUGCAGGCCCCACCUUCUAUCAUUAACUUUUCGGGUGACUUGAAAUUUGCAGUCGAAUAUGAUUUUUCUAAUGGAGGGACAGGAAGCAUAGAACAUCUGGAGAGGCAGCUUGGCUGUAGGAAGGUUUGGAUGGCUUCUUCCAUACAUAAGGGUGAAGAAAAAGUUAUUCUGGCAGUUCAUAAAACACUCUUGCAAGCAUUCCCUGAUCUGAUCACUAUCAUUGUACCUCGUUAUCCACCACACGGACAACAGAUUGCUCAAGAAUUGGAAAAAGAGGGGCAAAAUGUAGCUUUGAGGUCUCUGCAUCAAAGGAUUAUGCCAGGAACACACAUUUAUGUUGUGGAUACUUUAGGUGAACUGAGACAAUUGUACAGGUUAUCUCCUAUAGCUGUGAUUGGGGGUUCCUUCUUCCCGGGUUUAGCUGGCCACAAUAUAUCAGAAGCUGCAGCAGCUGGCUGUGCAGUUUUGACUGGCCAUUAUGUUGGGCAUUUCUCACACAUGUUAAAUAGGAUGCAACAAAUAAAUCCUUUAUCAGUUAUUCAGGUGUCCAGUACCUUAGAGCUUGAAGAAGCUAUUAUGGAACUCUUUAGUGAUGCCAGAGUUCUAGAAGUACGACGCAUGGCUGCAAAACAAGCAUUCCAUUUUCUGUCCAGAGGCAUCAUCACCAAUGUCUGGAAUCUGCUCAAUUAUCAUGUUCUGAGAAAAUCUUUGUGUGAAAGUAGAUGAAAACUGGCACAGAGACCAUAAGUUACUGUGGCUUUGAAGACAGACAACAUGGGCUUCUGUCGUUACUUCUUGCACAACUACCCCAGCAGUUGAUCUAGCGUGUAGAUCCUCUUGCAUAUCCUUGAAGAAGAGGAGUUGAAUCCUUACAGAAGCAAGAGAACUGACUCACAUCUGCAUCACCUCUAAGUGUAUGGAGUAUUCCUUGAAAGAGAAACUCAUCGCAUGGUAUAGCCAGAGGGCCAUCUUUGUUACGACCAUGAUCUUCAUAUGCUUGGUCUAGCAGCUGCCUGAAAAUUGGGUGGUUUAAAUAAUCUGCUCUCAUGACAAACCUUUUUCUAGCUUCCCCAACCACAACGGAUUUCACAUAUAUAAUGCUCUAUAGGAUGGGCCAUGAAGUGAUGUUUCAAGUGGUCUUCUCAAGGAUUUGGGUGUUUACUGGCUUAAGAGUGGUUUCUAUUUAUCAAUCAGGAGCUGAGAUCUUUUCAGUUACUUUCUCUACAAUGAAUGAUUUUACACGUCAUGUUCACCAACAUGGUAUUGCAAGUUUUAUAUUUUCCAGGUAAUGGUCAUGAAUUUGAAUGUGAUCUAUUGUUCAAGGUUGUCGCUUAGUCUUUCAUUGCAUUAGUCAUAGUUCAUCCUUGAGAAAAGGGAAAAUGAAGAAGGCAGUUUAGUCACAUGCCUUAAGUUCUUCACACACAUGUUUCUGCGAACUUUUCUAACAUGCAAAUGGUGUUAAACUGUGCCUGAAUUAUGACUAUUUAGAGAGCUCGCAUUCGAGCAUGUUUUGCAUAUGUGAACUCUAAACAGUUCAAAAAUGGAUGGACACUGCUUUCAGAGAAGCAUCUAAAGGGGUGCUUUUCUGAAUUAUUUCCAAAAGCUAUGGCAAACAGACAAGUUGAUUCGUACCAUAGAAAAUUAUACACGUCAUAUAUUAAACAUAGUGAGUCAAAAUGGGCUGUGAUCUGCUGCCUUUUGAUUUUAAUCUGUUGGCUAAGCCUGGCCCUUUAGCAGGGGGACUCCCCUUAUAGAUCACUACUUAAUUGGCUUUUGAUGUGAGAGUAGGCACAUGGUUUUUGCCUUGCUUUCCUUGUGAAGCAUUCAGACUCAAAAACAUUGAAUUUAAAUUGAAAGUUUAAGAAUAAGAGAAGUUGUAGUGCAGUAAGACUUGUGAUAAGUUUGUUAUAGUUGUCAAUAUUCGUUUGCAUUUUUCCAUUAAAUGUCUAGUAGAAAUCAAUAAAAUUACUGAAUUAGACAUUUGGAUAAAAGAUCUGUAUGACACUAGCAAUCUUGUUCAUCUCUUGGAUAUAAUACAUUUCCUUGCUUACAAUCUCAUUGACGGUUAGGCAAAUUUCUCAACCGCUAUGGUAACAUUGAGAACGGUGAUUAGAGAAUUGGCUACUGGGUCCUUGCACUAGCAAUUUACAUUUCCUUUGGUUGCUCUUUUCUGAGUUCUCUGUACAGACGAUGAACAUGUAAGUGGUUAUAUCUGCCAGAUGUGUUUCCUUCGUUAGUUUGUUCUAUAAACAAUUCAUAUUUAGGCAAUAAAUGGGUAAUCUGAAAGCGAUCCAUCAUACUUGGAA